UCUCUACUGGAAAAAAUUUUUUGAAGGAGGAAAUAUUAAUUUUCCCUUUAAUAUGUGUUCCCCUCCCAAUUUUUAAAUUUGCCUAUUUUUCCAGAUUUUUUAAAGUAAUUUUCCGCUAUUUUCAUGAAGCAUUUUUUGAAGCAUUUUACACACCUUUUUACAUUGUUAGGAAGGGCAGGGCACAAUUUUCUUUUUUUUUCUGUUCGGCAUCGAUUGUGUCACCUCUUUGAGAGGUAAGGGAAGGGGGAGUAGUCUUGUUUAAUAACAAUGAAAAGCUUUUUGCUCCCCCGGCAGGUUUUCCUGGGCAUUUCCCUUUGAUUCUCUGGAAAAGAUGAAAAUUAAAUAUUCAUUCUUUUUGCCAUUUUUAAUUUUUUUCUCUUGUUUCAUUUUAAAAAUAGAGGAGAAAGAAGAAAAAAUUUUUAAUCCCGGCCAAGCAGCUUUAUUUUAAAAUGAGCUAAAAAUUAAUUUUGAAUGAAUAUUCUUCUUCUUUGGUUUCUUCUGAAAGGAAUUUGUUGUUUUGAAAAAAUGGGGUGGAUGGAGGAAUUGUCAAGUUCUGUUGAAUCUUGGGGGUAUAGACACUUGGAGCAAGAAUCAGCCCCUGAAUUUUCUGUAGAUGACAUCCGUCUUCGUGCUUUUGUUCUAAGAGAGGGAAGAAUGCCUAGAAGAAAUACAAAAGACUCGGAAAAUAAUUCCCUCGAUUUUGAGGAGGAAAAUAAAUUAUUUAAAAAACGACUUCCAAUAGAAGAACAGCAAUUAUUUACUGGACAUAGAAGAUUGGUGGAGGAAAUUCUGGAAAGUUAUGAUCCUACAGGUUUUUUUUUAAAUAAAAGGGGUUCUUUUUCCUUCCAGCUUCCAAAAAAGUCCGCAAGGUUUGUCCGCAAGUUUGGCUAUUUUUUUAUCAGAGGAUUUGCAUCAGGGAUGGGUCAGGAUGAGAAAAAGUCAGGCCAUGUUCACCCUCGUAGAGACUUUAGAGAAUCAACACGUGUCAAUUUAAGCAUGUCUCUGUACCAAAUAUUGGAAGUGGAUGAACGUAAACAAAGCAUUGUUGUGAACGUGUGGAUGGUAUGUGGGGGCAGGCCCGUAACCAGGAUUUUUUUUCGGGGGGGGGGGGGGGGGGAAAGGGGGAAAAUUUUUUUUGCGCCAAAUUUUUGGCGCCGAAGGCGCCAAAAAUUUUUAUUUUCAGCGCCGCAGGCGAAAAUUUUGAGAAUUUUAGAAGGCCGUAGGCCAAAAAAAUUCACUUUUUCGGCGCCGCAGGCGCCAAAAAUUUGA